AUGACACCGCCAUGCAUCUACAGGUCGCUCGAUCCCGCCAAGAAGGAGAUCCGUCUUCUGGAGCUCCUGCCGGCUCCUCCUGAUAAGCAAAUCUACGCCUCCUGUCGACUGAGUACAGUCUCACUGCUCGAUGACAAGCCUCGCUUCGCGGCGUUGUCCUACGUCUGGGGUGAUCCCUCAGUAACUAAUACAAUUCUAUUGAACGGGAUCAGGUGGCAGGUCACCAAGAAUCUGGCGGAAGCCUUGAAAUGCCUCACUCCCAAGGCACAAAAGUACCACCAGUGGGGUGGAAAGACCUUGUGGCUGUGGGCGGAUGCAGUGUGCAUUAAUCAAAAAAAUGAUCCGGAAAGAAGCCAACAGGUUUCACUAAUGGCCGACCUCUAUUCCUCUGCACACUUUGUCUACUCGUGGCUU